GUAUGUAAGUAUACGCAAGUUUUUACAAAGUGAUUAAAAUUCAUCUCGAAGCAAAUACUGAAUAAGUAUUUUACUUAUAAUUUCGAAAGGCUGUAUUGGUAAUGGUGUAGAAAUCGCAAAGAAACUUGACAAUAGUUUUAAAAAUAAAAUUGACGACAUCCGUAGUCCUUGCGGCUACAUUGAGAUCUGUCUAAAAAGUGAUGUACGCCAAAAAUGAACCGAGAACUGUUGUUUCAAACUUUUGCACGGUUAAAAAUAUCAGCCAAAAUAAGCUUAUUGCCUGGUAUCGAGAUAAAAUUUCUCCGCAAAUUCGAACUAUAAAAGAAUUAGGUACUGGAGUAGAUUUCUGUCUAGGUAUGGAAAUUCUUUUCCCGGGAUCUAUCGGGCUGCACAAAAUCAAAUACAACAAUCCAGGGAUGUCAGAUCGACGUCAACAUUUUAAACAUUUUCAGACAGCUUUGAAUUCUAUUGGUAUAAACAAAGAAAUUCCGAUGGAAAAAUUGGAAUCUGAAAGUUUCUUAGAGAACUAUUAUUUUGCUCGAUGGUUCAAAUCCUUUUUCGAAGCUAACUUUACGGGUGAAGCCUAUGACUUAAGCCGUCUUCGGCAAUGGAAUCAUAUAAGCAAUAAUAACAAAAAUGAGACCAAAAGAAUUGGCUGUGGGGACUGCUUGUCUAGAACUAACGUAAAGUUGAGAAGUGUUUCUUGGAAGAAUCGUAAAUUUACUGUGACUACGAAACAGAAGAUUCCUGUUAGGCUUCGAAUAAACUCGAAUAUUAUGGCUAGUAUGAAACGUAAAAACGCUGUCGAUAAUAGCUCUCAGACAGAAAAGAGCUACUAUGAUUCUAUAGACGAACAUCUUACAUUUGUAAAAUCCAUAAUUGAUGAGUUAUCGGAGGUGAACAAAAACAUGGAUGAAACCAACAAUUUUUUAGAACAGAGUAAAGCUGAGCUACAGACAGAAAAAGACAAUCUGUUACAGUUCAAUAAGAAUCUAGAAGCUAACUGUGAAAACUAUCUAAGCAAAAUUAAGGGACUCAACCAAGAAGUAGAAGGGUUAGAACAGGAAAAUAAACGUAUUAAUGAGUUAAACAAGAACUUGGGUCAGUCUAACCAGAAAUUAACUCAUCAGAACUGUGACCUAGAAGAAAAUGUAAAUAAUUUAAAACAGUGUAAUGAAGGACUUACUAAAGGUUUAACAGAACUCAAACGUUGCAACGAAGCUCUAGAACAUAGUAAUAACCAAAUAAUCCAGAGUAGUGCUGUCUUAGAACGAAAUAACACAAAACUGCAGAAGAAAGAGCACGAGUUUGAAAAUACUAUCAAAAGCUUGAUUCAUCGAAACCUGGAACUUGAAAAAUAUCAAAAGGCAUCAAAGGAAAGCUAUGAAGUGUUAGAAUCGAAAACCAAAGAAUUCAAGCAGCAAAUUCGGCAGUUAGAAGAACAUAACAAAAAUCUUUCUGAAGAAUCACUAGAGCAAAAUACAAAAAACAGCAGCUUUGCUAAACAACAGAAACAAUUAAUAAGCGAGAAUAAAUCUCUGUUGGAAAGCUGUGAAUUUCUAACCAGAGAUCUCAAACAAGCAAAUGAAUAUAACGAUUCUUUAGAAUUGCAAAGAAACAAUUUUCAACAGAAAAUGACUGAGCUCCAAGACGAACUGAAGCAUUUACAACACACAUCGCCCCUAAAUGAACGUCUUCUGCGAGAACAAGGAAAACAAUUAAAUGCUUUAAAGAAAGAGAAUAAUGAAUUAAGAGAAGAAAUUAGGCAUUUAAAGACUUACAUGUCUCGCUGUGAGAUUCUUGAAAGAGAACUCAAAACAAUGAAGCAAACAAAUGCCGAUUUAAUUGACCUUAAUAAGUAUCUAAAGGAAUACAAUGACAAUAUUGGAGAGAAAGUAAAGCUGUCCAAUGAAUUUAAUAAAGAACUAACGCAAGAAAUUAACGAAUCCAAUCAGACUGUCGUAGAUUUAAGGCAAAAGUUGGAAAAUCUAAAUCAAACUAUAGAAUUUUCGAGAUUCGAGAAGGAUAAAAUGAUAAAACGGAUUAGAGUUUUGGAACCACAAGUUCUUGAUAUAGCUAGACGAUGUAUUGAUCUCUCCGAGAGAAUUAAAUACUUAACAGAAUAUAACGCAAUGCUCCAAGACAAAUUACUUGAUUCUAUUCAACAUAAUUACGAACAAGAGGGCCAAAAUAUAAUCUUAUUGAGGAAUAAAUCAUGUCUAGAAACGAAGAUAAGUGAGCUGAUUCGUUAUAAUGUGCUCUUGGAAGAAACUAAACAAGAUCUGAUGAAGUCUAAUGCAGAACUUCAGCUUAUAAAUGCUAAUUUGGUUUUCCAGAACGAAAAAAGGGAACGAAAGACAAGCAACCCCACCAUAAAUUUUGAGAAGUCUUCUAGCAAUGUUGCAAUUUUUACUCUUAGAAUAAAUAUAGAUGACGACGACGACGAUUCUAUCCUUCGAUUGAAAGUACAAGAACCAGUUUCAUGAAUUAUUUUGUCAACAAUCGCUAAAUAUUAGCGAUGAAAUCUUCACUCCCUGCAUACUCAAGCAAUAUUUCACACUUAGACACAUCAAAGAAGAAUUAUUACCCGUGCUGCUAACCCCGUAAGUAUAGCUUCUUUCCUUGAACGUGAAUAAUGAAUAUAUACAACACAGAGAAGAAAUACAACACAGAUGAAACUCUACAAACAGAAGAAUAUGCCCCCAUGACGAACUAGUUCAGUAUUCAAACAUACGAACAGCACAUAUACCCAGAAAA